AUGGUUCACACUGGCAUGGUGGGCGUGCUGUUGAAUCCCUCUUGGAGUGCCGCCUGGCACGCCUACCGGGCACCUAAGCACCGCUCUAACACUGGCCGAGUGCUGUCUGUGGCGUUACCGUGUGAUCCUUCCACUGACCCGUUGCGCAGACCUUCUGUUUGGAUUGUUACUGCAGUCUGGGCCCCAAUCUCGACUUCAACCACAGAGGAACUUGACGAGUUUUGGGAUGAAGUGGAGCAUGCAGCCUCUACCACUGAACUUGCCUUCAGUCCCUCGUGUGCCCUGUCCAGUGCCAUCAGCAGCAAUACCUUGCAUAUGGUGGCGGGUGAUUGGAAUGCGCAGCUGUAUGAGGAUCCCGCUGAACCUGCCGAUGUCCUAGGGAGGUAUCGCCCAACUGCACGGCAUCAGGUUGAUGACUAUGCGACUUGUCGUGUAAUGGCCUUGGGACGCUGGGUACAUGCCGAUAGCCAUCGUCCUGCAAUUGGCAAUCGGCACCGUGGCACUUGGUACUCUGCUAUUCAUCGUCGAUACUAUGAGAUCGAUUGGAUGCUUCUGCCUCGUGCUCAACUCCAGCUCGACAUCGUGGUCCUCGUGUUCCCCGCCCUGACUUGUCGAUACUCCGUGGUACUUCGGAAGCAGCUGCAGAGGACUAAGAGAGAACUACAGCAGGCUCUACAUGAUACGCCGGAUGAUGCUUCUACACUGUCUCAGCUGGAUGCAUGUCGACAACGCCACAAUGACUUGAAAAAACAGCAGAGAUGCCUUCUUCGUUCACUGGAACGCGACUACUGGGAACAAGUGUUGGCCUCGCAUCCUACACAGGCGGCCGACAGUUUCCGGUUCUAUAAAACCCUGCGCACUCUGCAAACAAAAGGCACCUACAAAGCCGCUCGUCAAAAUCCAUUUGCGCCUGACGAAUGGCGCGAUCACUUCUCCAACAUCAGCAGCCAACCGGAAUCGUUGCAUGCUGACGUCGAAAACUUCAUCACUACGCUGCCAGUUUCUGACCAUGUCCGACAGUGGUCGUUGACUCUUGAUGCUGACAUCACGGAUAAAGAAAUCAACACCGCCAUGCAACGGUUGCGAGCUGGUGCGGGGGGUGGCGAUGGUAUCCCACCCAUUGUGCUCAAGACGCUGUUCCAAGACCCUUCGUUGGCUUCGUUGAUCCGUGCCUAUGUCCGUCGACUGUGGUCCACUCCUGCUACUGAAUGGAAGGACCAAGGUCUGGAUGGCCCAGGACUGCAAGUUCCUCUUUGGAAACAGAAGGAGCCUUUCGCCAACAUGGACAAAUGGCGUGGGGUCGUCCUCCUUUGGUGCAUCCCUCGUGUCUUAGCUAAGGUGCUCAACCACCGAGGUCAACAAUGGUUCGAGACCACCGACCUCCCGCUGCCUGAGAGCUUUGGUUUCCGCACCGGUCUUGGAACAGAUGAUGCCUUGUUCAUGAUCCGUCGGUUGGAUGAAGAGAUCUCGGCGUGGCAAAGUUUUGGUUGGAAUGAGACCACCUAUGAGGCUGGGUUGAUGGACCUGCAGAAAGCAUACCCCACGGCCAACAAACUUCCCUUCUGGCAUUUGCUUUUCCAUCAUGGCGUACAAGCUCAGGGUCCCUUCAUCAAUGCGCUUCGUGGCUUCCACUGCUGCCGGGAUUACUGCAUCAAGACUGGCCCUGAUACAUCGCCGGCUUCCUUAAGCGCUCCUUAUCGGCCGGCUCGUGGAUUUGGCGAGGGUGACGGUACUUCGCCUUGGGCCUGGAACGUCUUGUACAGUGGUAUGGUUCGAUACUCUCUUGCAAAGCGCCCUGCCAGUGCAGCUCGUCGUGGUCUGGCGUGUGGUAUUCCAUGGCGAUGGCAUGAGUCCAUGGAUUUGUGCUCCAGCUGGACUCGCAAGAAUGAUGGACGACCCUCCAACCAAACUUGUGUCGAAGUCACCGUGUUUGCAGAUGACACCACCCUUCAUGGAUCCAGACAGGAGCUUCAUCAGUCCGAUGAACAUGGAUCCGCUGGCAUGGAUGUGUUUGCUCAGGCUGUGGCUGACUGGGGAUCUACUGAACACCCAGACAAGCGUGAAGUGCACACUUAUGGAACGCCUAGCCGGGUCUGUCUGGUUGGUGGUGGCAUCGACCCUGGUGAAGCAGUCAAUCGGAGCAUCCAGCGUGGUCUCAAAUGUUGGGCAAAGAUUCGCCCCGCACUUAAGAACAGUCGGCUUUCCCUCCAGCAGAAGGGGAAACUUCUCAUGACUUUCUUAUAUAGUGGCCUUGCCUACUCCUGCAAAACUCGGGCGACCCGCCAACGCGAUGUCCUUCGCAUGCAGGCAGUGAUGAACACCGCUUGCCGAUACUUGUGCCGAACUCGUCUGCCGAAAAUGCGUGAGCAACACGUCAACCACAGUGACUUGCGCGCUCUGCUUGGCAUUCCUACAGUGCAAGCUGCCAUGGACCGAGAACAAAUGAGGUGGCUGGGUCAUGUUUGCAGAAUGCACCCAGGGUUGAGCACGACCUAUGCCAAGACCUUUGCUCGCGGCACCAUUGACGUCGGCGCUUUUCAACGUCAGGCAUCAGCGCAUGGUGGUCGAAUCAGUGCGGAUCGCAAGAGCCUACCUGACAUGUGGGUUCAACUUUGCCACAAACACGGACUGGAUGAGAACCACCUUGAUGAAACCGCUCGGGAUCGUGACAAUUGGAAGGCGAUCCUUGACAGACGCUUUGCUCAAGCCCUGUUUGAAGAUCGGCAAGCCUCUCACCGGCACAUGGACACCCUGCCAAAUCCUGGCCUUGAACCUUGGAGUCGACCAGGUGACCGACGUGGUAUGUCACCCACUGCUCGUGAACGCAAGUCCGAACUUCAACGUCAGCGGAGACAGGCUGCCAAAGCACAACCGAAAGCAAAGGGUGCUGCUGUCCCUAUGCGGAGACCUGCUGCUGCAGCCAAGCGCCAACCGCGUCAAGUUCAGCGCCACCAUGACAAAAAGGUGUACUAUGCCGGACACAACCAACGGAAAGUGAGUGCUGAAGACCGUGAAGCUUGGGAAUAUGUAUGGGCUGGGCGCCAGCAGCGCGACACCACACAAGUUCGACUUCUUGGUGCCCAUGACCAUGCCAUCGAGAAGCUCAAAGCUGCAUUGAUGUUGAUCCUGUUCUUGCCUAAGGCAUUGCAUGACCAUGUCGAGCAAGCGGCGAAGCAAUGGAAAGAUCGCAGUAAGCCUGGUGAAGAACAUCCCGACAAGUGCUCUUCGGAGCUUAGUACCGAUCCUAUCCUAUCCAAGCGAGAUCUUGAUUCCUCGCGGGCAGACUUUGAGCAGAGUUGGUCCUUGGUCAAGGGUCAACAGUUUUUGGUUGAUUUGAGAAGGAUGGAAAACACCCUCCAUAAGCUCCUGGCUGUUCAAGGAGAUGUUCCUCAUCUGGCCACGAAUGUCUACGUUGUGGCUCAGGCUUUGACCAGCAUCCUCUCCAAUCCGCACAACAUGUGUUUUGCAAAUGCCGUCCUGCGUUGCUGGAGUUGGGCCGGUGCUCAUGCAGAGGAUCAGUCCAUCGCUUGGGGCAGGACACAUGCCGCGAUUCGGGAAUUUCUGGGGGCUGGCGAACCUUCUUUGCUCCGCAACUUAGAUCAGAUGCACCACAUUCUCCAACACUUCCCGGAAGGAACUCAAGCUGAUGUGGGGGAUUUUGCAGGUCUCUUGUGGAACUUUGCGGACAGCACCUUCUUCGGAG